ACACUUGCCACACCGCAUAAAUAUGCAAGCCCGGGCAUGCCACAUAAAUCAGUGUCAUAAAUCUGCGUGCUUCGUAUAUGAAAUUAAGUGUCAGUCGUCCGAGCUAACUAAACCCAUGGCAGACCCAUGCCAUAUCCUAGUACAGAUCUGCAAGUGUAAAUAAACCAAAAAAUAAAUAAAUAAUUGGCAGCCGGAUAAACAGCCCCAAGCCAAGUGUCGCAAUUCAAGUGAAAGUGGCGGCUGCCGUUGAAAUUAUUCAUACGCGCAGUAGCUCAUAACUAAUGUUUGUUUGCUUGCCUUAUUAUGUGUGUUUCCCUUGAAUCCAUAAAAAGCAGCAGCCUUUGAAAAUGGCCAUACUCGACUCGUGCUGCUUCUGGAAGAACGUGCGAAAGGGCAGCUUCGCUUGUGGCAUUUACACACUGAUCUACUUUGGCUUGUCCACGUUGAUGUUUAUGUUUUACCUUAAGGAGGAGAAGGAAUUUCUGUUUGGUCAGCGUGCGCAACCCGUUGGCGAGAGCUUGCUGGAGAAGGGCGAUGUAACAGUGGUGACUGUGAUAUUCAACGUAUUGUUUUUGUUUUGCUCGUUGCUGCUGGUGCUCGCCUCCCUACUGCUGCUGGCGGGUCUGCACCAUAACAAGCGUCAAUUGCUGUUGCCUUGGAUAUGCUUAAUGUGUUGUGAUUUGCUCAUUGAGUGCGCUCACUUGGUGCACCUGACAUUAUCGCGUCGCGUUAGCUUUGAUCCAAUUGUCGGCUUCAUAUUCACCAUAGACUUUUUCAUACUGUGCCUAAACGUCUACUCACUGCUCUGCGUUAUCUCUCAGUAUCAAUCGUAUUGCGUGCAGAGGACUGAGCAGCGGCAACAAGCCGCACAGCCGCCUACAGUGGUAUACAAGGCGCCCACACAGCUGAGCAAAGGCAAACGCAAGCGUCAGCAGCAGCAGCAACAGCAGAAGCUGAUAGCGGGCAAGCCGCACUCGCGCCGUCUGCUCCCCAACAGUCCACUGAACACGUCCCAGCGACCCACAAAUUUCUCCACAAUUACCGAGGAAGAGGAGCAACAACAGCAGCAGCAACAAGUCAACAUAGUUCCAGAUUCCCAUAGCUCAGCGCUGCAGCUGAUGCCAAUCAACGGCAACGGCAAUGGCAAUGGCAAUGGCAUUGGCAUUUACAUGUCGGAGCAGCCAACAGAUGAUGCCGCGAUGAAUGCCAUUGUACCAAUUAUAACCUUAGACCCAAACUCGCUGCAUUGAUUGCCAAACGCUGUUGUACUCAAUAUUUUUACAUGCACGUGUGCAAAUAAAACAUGCUAGG